AUGGAGUCUUACCUGGAAAUACAGCGUCGGAAGAUUCUCUCGGGCAAUGGACGCGGGUCGAGUUAUGGACAACAAUCUGUGGUUGCCGUCCGUGAACCUUCACGCUUGAGAGAUGUGUCCACCAAUGACGACUCGCGCCUGUGCGAGAUGGAGGAGCAGGUUCAGAAGCUAGCAGCGAGACUGGCGGCAGUGGAGGGCAAGGCAAGUGCGGCGAUCGUUACAAAAGACAAUGAGGCGGAGUUGAAGACACACACACGGACACAUCGCCGGAGCGGUUCGGGCUUGAGCACGAGUAGCAGAAUCAGCGCAGUGGAGCCUCCGAUACCAGAACUUGAUGAGGAAUCUGACGAGUCAUCCGGAUCAUCGAGCUUUCCCUUCCAUAUUGAUGCUGGUUCCGAUACUGCGCGUGUGGAAGAUGUGACACCGAAGCGACUUUGGGCCAUGUGGCAACAAUAUCGGUCGAACGUAGACCCAUUGAUCAAGAUUGUACACACUACUGCAGUUCAACACUUGUUCUUGGCCACCGAAGACGAAGCGAAAGACUUCAAGCCAGACGCUGAGAGCUUAAAAUUCGCCAUAUGCUUCGCAGCUGCAGCAAGUCUCGAGACACCGCCGGGACAAACGACAUCAUGCUUGACCAACAAAGCUCUGUUGCGCACUUAUGCAACGAAGGUGGAAGCCUCGCUCGUGAAAUCACAAUUCAUGACGGAGCCAACUGUGGCGGCAGUCCAAGCUCUUGCACUUUAUCUGAUCACUGGACAACGCUUUCUCGAUCGAGCAUAUGCUUGGUCACUACUGGCUAUUCUCGUGCGGAUAGCUAUGAAGCUCAAACUCAAUCAGGAUCCAGAUAGCCAAGGACUGACUUUCUUGGACUCCGAGUAUCGACGUCGAUUAUGGUGGCAUAUCUGUACGCUCGAUGCGCGUAUCGCGGAGCUCAACAACACUGACCCUCUCAUCUAUGAGCGCAGAUGCUCCGCGAGGUUUCCGAUUUCCAUACAAGAUGCCGACUUCGAGUCUGUCCAAGACGUCGACGCCAAGCGUAAUUCCUCCGAGCACAAUGCUGAUACUUUCGGCAAUCUGCUACGUUUCGAGAUCACAUAUUAUCUCCGAACGGUCCUUUUCUCCGAAGACUUCAUGGAAGAAAAUGGCUUUCCAAUACUGCCCGUUGACGGAAAGCUGUCAGUGAUCGAGUACCUCGAGAAGAUCUUGGAGGACAAGUAUCAUCGUGCUUGCGACUGCUCUUCCUCAACCUGCCGGCUAGCCAUUGCAUCAAGCAAGACUACAGUUGCGAGGCUCAAGCUGACGGCGAUCCUUCGCGAUCGAAAUCCACAAUUGAGCAGAGAUGAAAUGGACGAAGUUUUGACAAGCUCAGCUGUUAUCCUGGAGAAUUUGCGUGCCGUACGCGAAGACCCAAGUUUGUCUCGCUGGGCUUGGCUCACCACCCCUCAAGCUGAAUGGGAUGCUGCAGCCAUAUGUCUCUCUGCUCUGCUUCUAAUGCGCUCCAAGACGAAGGCCGUAACUCGCGCCUGGACAGCACUCACGUUGUUCUUCGUGGAGUGGAAGGAGAGCUCGUACGAUCCGGUAUUGUACAAGAAAUGGGUCCGCCUCGAAAGCUUGAAGAUGAAGGCGGAAGCGAUACAAUCUGCGCAAAGCAAUGGAGAGUCUGCGUCCUCGGGUACAUCAGGCGGCUACGUGCCUUACAAUCCUAACGCGUCCAAUCUUACUCCCAAGACCCCGACAAGUCUCACAGCGCCUUCGUCGCCAGCGACAAAUGGCGGUCCUUCGAGUCACAUCGGCAGCAUCUCCAGUAAGAGUUCUGCUUCCGUACGUAGCAGCACGUUCAGCGAAAUGGACUGGCCAUUCCCCAAGGAGGCUUUACAAGAGCACGCGGAGUUUGAUAUCAGAUCUUUCGCGCUCAUGAUCUGAAGCACACCAUGGAAUCAAAAGUUGGAGCUCUGCGAGUACCAGUCUGGAAGCACACAAU